UAUGCAAUCUAAUUGCAAAGAAGAAACACGAAGCAUUAAGGACCGAAUGAAAUUUUUUGAAAAGGAAAUCGCCGAACAUAAUUCCCCUUCAAAGAAAAAAGUGGAAAGAAAAUUCUCUUAUUUACAGGAACACGAGGUAGCCAAAAUGAAGAAGGAAGAUGAAAGGAAAAUGUCUCUGAUGUCACAAGAAGAAUUAAAGAAGCUAAUGUCUGAGAAUGUUGCUGAUUUUUCAAAUGUUUUAAAAAGUUGGGCAACAGGGGAUGACUCAAAGGAAGAAGGUAGCAAAGCAAUAAGACUCAGUGAAAAUUGGAAAGAAGGAGGGGUUAGACCAAUUGGAAAAGAUUUGGCUGAGUUGAAUAUUUCCGGAUCUCCACAAUGA